AUGGCUGCCAUGGAUCUGGCCAAAUGCCUCCGGGAAGAGCUGACCUGCUCUGUCUGCAUGGAGUACUUCAUCGAACCCGUGACCAUCGGCUGUGGGCACAGCUUCUGCCGAAUCUGUCUUCUCCGGUGCUCAGCUGAUGUUCAGACGUCUUUCUCCUGCCCAGAGUGCCUUGGGGUCUGCCAGCUGAAAGACCUGGAGAUCAAUAAACGUCUGGGGAGACUGGCAGUGAUCGGAAAGCAGCUCGGACCUCACCUACUGCGGGGCCCCGCCGAGGAGAAAGAGCUGUGUGAGAGACACCAGCAAUCUCUGAAGCUGUUUUGUCAGGAGGACGACACCACAAUCUGUGUGUCCUGCUACCGUUCCAAGGAGCACGGGGAACACAGCGUGAGUCCGAUUGAAGAGGCUGCAGAGGAUUACAGGGAGAGAUUCCAGGAGCUUCUUCAUCCCCUGUGGGCAGAAAUCGAAGAGGUGCAGACUGUGCUAGCUGCAGAAAAAAAUGAAUUCAGCAGUGGUGAAGGUAAGCAGGAGGAGGUGCAGAAAUGUCCGCAGAAUCUCGUGUCCGACUUUGAGAAAAUGCACCGAUUCCUAGAUGAGGAGCUCGAGUUGCGGCUUCGGAGCCUGGAGAAGAACGAGAGGGAGACUCUGCAGAAACUGAGGCAGAGCAAGGCGCAUCUAUUCCAGCAGAGCCGCUCUCACAGAGCUGGAGGAGAAGUGCCAGAGGGGGAGCAUCGAGCUGCUACGGGACACGAGAGGAGCAUUGCACAGCAAUGGCCAAAGGCCACCACGUCCUUGGAGCUGACCGCCUGCUGGAUUCCUGGGAUGAGAGAAAUACUCAGCAGAUAUGCAGUGGACAUGACCCUGGACCCAAACAUAGCCAGUCCCCAUCUCAUCGUGUCACAGGAUCGGAAGAGUGUGACAUUCGUCGAGGCCCCACAGGAUGUGCCCGACCAUCAGGACCGAUUUGACAAUUGUGGCAGCGUCCUGGGCGCCCCGGUAUUCACUUCGGGGCGGCACUACUGGGAGGUGGAGUUGGGAGACAAGCCGGAGUGGGAGGUGGCAGUGUGUUAUGAGUCGAUGAGCAGAAAGAACAACGUGCCAGUUGCGCCAGGGGACAUUUUUUCACUGAUGGCCUUCCAGCCUUUAAGUGGGGCCAGUUUCUGGAUCGCCUUCCCUUUCACCCAGCUCACUAUGGCCCUUCCUAUCCGCCGGGUCGGGGUUUUCCUGGAUUAUGAGGCCGGAGUCAUCUCCUUCUACAACGUGUCGGAGAAAUGCCUCAUCCACAGCUCCCCUCCUGUCCGCUUCUCCGGUCCGCUCAGACCCGUAUUCUCCCCUUGUCUUACCUUCGAGGGACGAAACGCAGGGCCACUCAUCAUCGGCCGGGUGUGCGAGCAACACCUCCUCAACCAAGAUUUAGAUUGA